AUUACGACACUCCUCAGUUUCAAGUCAACAGUGAAUGUAAACACAGACAGACUCAACUACUAGCAUAGUGACAAGCUCAUGUAAGAACACAACUCGAACCGGCUGAAAACAUGGCUGUGGGUAACAAUGUGCUCUGGCCUCCUUUAAUCCUAUUCUGGAUCUGCCUGUUGGAAGCCGGCUGUGAUAUUCAACACCAAGCACAGGAGGUAGAGAUUUUCCAAUCUGAUAAACAGACCAGGCUGGAAUGGAAUUCUGACCCAACCAAUGAAUGGAGCGAAAUUCAGCUGAGCAUUGGCACACCAAGUCCAGUACCCGUACUCCAAGCUUGUCGAAGAAUCAUGACGAGAACGGUUUUAAGCAGAUGGAUGGAGCGGAAAGGUGCCCACCAUCUGCUGAUGGAUGUUUCAUUUGCCCAAGAAGAGGAGCCGUCUGGUCAGCUCACCCCGCUAAAAGUUCACCUGUUUGAUUCAAACACACCUAUUGCAAGAUUUCAAAAUACUCGGGCUGUUCUGGACCUUCAGACCCCGAAGGUGUUCCCUGUAACAGUCCCUCCAAACCAAAUAUCAAGCUAUCUGAACCGCAGCCAGGCUCUGAGCCUGGGCUCUGUGAGCAGUAGGGGCUUUCAUCUGGGCCUCUCCUACUCAGGAAGGUGUGUGCUGGUAACUUCCAUCAGACUGUACUACAGGAGGUGCCCUGACACCGUGGCACAUCUUGCCUCAUUUGAGGGAACCGGGGCCGGGUCUGGUCCAUUGAAGGGUGCCUGCGUGAAGGGCGCUGUGGAGCUUUUCCCGCCGGUUAGAGAGUGUGAUGUGGAUGGAGUUUGGAGUCCAGUGCAGGGUGGGUGUAACUGUAAGGCUGGCCAUCAAGUCAUGGAGGACACCUGUCAAGUGUGUAGAAUGGGCUUCUACAAACCAAGCAACGGGAGUGGAGAAUGCCGGCCAUGCCCGCAGAAUAGCAGGACGCACGGGGAGGGAUCAGAGAGGUGCGACUGUCUACAAGAUUUCAGUCGCCUUCCAACUGACCCCUAUGAGCUCGGCUGCACCAAGCCACCCUCUCCUCCUGUGAAUCUAACGAUCCAUUAUUCUAAUGUCUCUGUGCUGAUGAUGAGGUGGGAUCCUCCGCGGGACUUGGGCGGCAGACAGGAAAUUAAGUAUUCCAUCAAGUGUGAGAAGGAAGUGGAUUCUAGCCAUCGGUGGGAGGCAUGUGGGGAUGAUGUGAUAUUUCUUCCAUACUCGGCAGGACUGACCAACACGUCAGUCGGCCUCGCAGAACUGAAUCCGCAGCACAACUACAGACUUACGGUGCAUGCCCAGAAUGACCUAUCCAAUCUGUUGGGAGCGCCGCAUUCAUCCACUGCUACUGUGACCAUCCAUAGAUGGAAAGUUCCACCUGUGGUGAUCACUGUGACACCAUACUUAAAUGUCUCAAAACACCAACUUGAGCCACCUGCUCAGCCGAGUCGCCUCUACGUGUGGCUAACAGUCGGAGUCUUGUUUGGCCUACUGCUGCUCGUGGCUGUUAUCCCCAUUGCUGUGUGUGUCCUGCGCAGCCACUACACUAAACUCAGAACUCUGGAACAGGAAUUAGAGCUUUUGCCAAUGAAUACUAGAUCUUUCGGCCAAACUCCACAAGAGCAGGAGGCUGCACCACAGACGUCCAACACGAUAGAGGGAGUGGUCCAGCCUUUUGAGGGGCUCAGUGACAGGCUGCUGUCCAGUCUUAAGGACGUCACGGUGGAAAGAAAAAAGCUCACCCUGGGCAAGGAACUUGGCAAAGGAGAGUUUGGAUCAGUCUACGAAGGUGUUUUUACAGUAGAUGAAGGUGUGGACAUCAAGGUGGCCGUGAAGACCAUGAGAGUUGGAAUCCACAGUCAAGAAGACUUACAUGAGUUCUUGAGAGAGGCCAAUAUCAUGAAGAACUUUAAUCAUGAGAAUGUGGUCGGACUACUUGGGGUCACUUUACAGAGAGAGCAGGACUUUCCUCUGCCUGUCCCUCUGGUCAUCCUGCCUUACAUGAAACAUGGAGAUCUGCGCCGCUUCCUCAUUGCUACCCGAUAUGACGAUAUUCCUAUGUUUGUGCCCUAUCAGAGCCUCCUGCGCUUUGGGAUCGACAUUGCAGCGGGGAUGGCCUAUCUGAGCGCGAAGGGGUUCCUGCACAGAGAUCUAGCUGCACGCAACUGCAUGCUGGGCGAUGACCUCAGGGUGUGUGUGGCUGACUUUGGCCUGUCAAAGAAAAUCUACAGCAGCAACUAUUAUCGUCAAAGAGCAGCUAUUCGUGUGCCAAUUAAGUGGAUGGCCAUCGAGAGCCUGUCUGAGUCUGUCUACAGUUCCAAAAGUGACGUGUGGUCGUUUGGGGUGACCAUGUGGGAGAUUGUGUCCCGAGGUAGGACCCCGUAUCCAGGAGUGCACAACCACGAGCUGCUUGAGCUGCUGCUGUCUGGACACAGGCUCAAGCCCCCAGAAGACUGUGACCACAGGCUUUAUGAAGUGAUGCAAAGAUGCUGGAACAAGGAGCCGAGCCGUAGGCCUGGCUUCGGGGAACUGGGCGAGAUACUGAAAGGUCUUCUCUCCGAGCUGCCAGCGCUGGAGGCCAGCCAGGAGGCCGGCUACAUCAACCUCGGCCUGGAGGUUGCUGCUGCUGUUGCUGCCUCUCAGGAUCCACGGACAGAUUCUGGAGGAAGAUUGGAAAACGUGUACAUGCCUAGUCCCGGGGGUGCUGCUGCAGCCAGAGAUGAGAAUGUGGAAGAAGAGGAUGGCCACCUUCUGUGUAUUGGUCCUGCCCCAGCAGAUGAUUGUGGCUACGAUCUAUAAAUACAGUGUUUUUGACUAAAUUAUAUUUUGUAUCUGAGUUGGACUUGUCAUUAACUGUAUGCGGGGGAGAGGCAGAGAUGUGUGGUACUAAGUAUGGAAGUUGAUAGAGACAAACUCUUUGUAUAUCUGUUUUGUAAAUAUGUUACUACAAAGUAUCCGUUAUUAGAGAAGAUGAAUGCAUUUGGAAUACAUAUAUGGAAGUCCAUUCCUUAAUUGUAUAGAAUAAAUUAAAUAAUUCCCCAAACAUAAUCACAAAGUACACUUUUAUCAUGAUUUUAUGAAAUGACACAUUGCAAUCCACCACAACCAAAUAAAUUGUACAUUUAAUUUGGUUUUGGCUUUUUUUUAAUUGAGUCAAUCUUUG